AUGGCUGAUGCGGUCGAAGUGGUUCAGGAACUGACCCAGCCUCACCAUGAUGUGAAGAUUUUCAAUCGCUGGACCUUUGAUGAUGUCCAGGUUAAUGACAUCUCUCUGGUGGAUUAUGUUGGAGUUGCACCUGCCAAGCAUGCAACCUAUGUUCCACACACGGCUGGUCGAUAUUCCGUGAAGCGUUUUAGGAAAGCUCAAUGCCCAAUUGUGGAGAGACUUACAAACUCUCUUAUGAUGCAUGGAAGAAACAACGGCAAGAAAUUAAUGGCUGUGAGGAUUAUUAAGCAUGCGAUGGAGAUUAUUCAUCUACUAACUGAUCUUAAUCCAAUCCAAGUUAUUGUCGAUGCUGUUGUUAACAGUGGACCCCGUGAAGACGCUACUCGGAUUGGUUCAGCUGGUGUCGUAAGGCGUCAAGCUGUGGAUAUAUCCCCUCUGCGACGUGUGAAUCAAGCAAUAUACCUUCUUACCACCGGUGCUCGCGAGGCUGCUUUCAGAAACAUCAAGACAAUUGCAGAAUGUUUGGCUGACGAGCUCAUCAAUGCCGCAAAGGGUUCAUCGAACAGUUACGCUAUCAAGAAAAAAGAUGAGAUUGAGAGAGUUGCAAAGGCCAACCGUUAAGGGUAGUUGGGGAGGAAGAGAGAGAGCUCAAUGGUACAACAGAAUUUUUCGUUUUUGUUUUUUUCCCAGUGCUGACGUUCUUCUAGUUUAAGGGGUCUUGAUAUUGCUUUGAACUUGAGCAUUUUAUGUUCAACUAGGAUGUAAGCUCUCCUGCACUCCACUUGAUUUAGACCAUUAUUUUGUAAACAGUUAAGAAUUCUUCAUAUGGAUAUUUAGAAUACUUUGAUGUUUAUUUUGAU